AUGGAUGCAGUACAAGCCGCCAACAGCGGUCAUCCCGGUGCGCCUAUGGGCCUGGCAGAUGUGGGUGAAGUGCUGUGGCGCGAUCUGAUGGCACACAACCCGGCCGACCCGGCCUGGGUAAACCGCGACCGGUUUGUGUUAUCCAAUGGCCAUGCAUCCAUGCUGCUUUACAGUCUGCUGCAUCUAACCGGCUAUGACGUCAGCAUCGAUGAUCUGAAGAAUUUUCGGCAACUCCAUGCCAUCACAGCCGGGCACCCGGAGUUUCGCGAAUGCCCCGGCGUAGAAACGACAACCGGCCCUCUGGGGCAGGGUUUUGCUAAUGCUGUGGGCAUGGCGCUGGCUGAACAGAAGCUGGCAAAAGAAUUCAAUCACAAUGGGCAUAACAUCGUCGAUCACCGCACCUGGGUCGUUGUUGGUGAUGGCUGUCUGAUGGAGGGAAUCUCCCACGAGGCGGCGUCUCUGGCAGGCACCCUUGGUCUUGGCAAACUCAUCUGUAUCUAUGACGACAACGGCAUUUCCAUCGAUGGUGAAGUAGAUGCCUGGUUUGCUGAAGACGUGCCGGCACGUUUCGAAGCGUAUGGUUGGCGUGUUAUCCGCAAUGUCGAUGGACAUGACGGGCAGGAAAUCGAAGUAGCCCUGACCACAGCAGCGGAAUCAGAUGGCCGACCCACCCUGGUCUGCACCCGCACUACAAUUGGCCAGGGCUCGCCUAACAAAGCGGGCACGGCGGGUGCGCACGGUGCAGCGCUUGGUGAAGAAGAAAUCGCACUGGUGCGCAAAACCCUGAACUGGGGCAAUGAGCCGUUUGAUAUUCCGGCAGACUUGCGAGCUGACUGGGACCAGACUGCGCGUGGCGCCGCGCUGCAGAACGCAUGGAACAAACAGUUUGCAGAUUACCGGCAGGCGUUCCCGGAGCAGGCCAGCGAGUUUUUGCGGCGUACCUCUGCAACCUUGCGGGCGGAUUGGGACACAGCGCUGCUGGAACUUGCACGGCAGGAACAGGCAGAUUGCGUUGACCUGGCAACACGUAAGUCGUCUCAGAAAGCUAUUGGAGCUGUCGCCGCAGGCGUACCUGAACUGUUUGGCGGGUCUGCAGACCUGACCGGUUCUAACCUGACAAAAUGGGCCGGCGCAACAGCAGACCAACAUAUGAGUUACGGGGUGCGUGAGUUUGGCAUGACGGCCAUCAGCAACGGUGUACUGCUGCACGGUGGCUACCGAGUAUUUACCGGAACGUUUCUCGUGUUCAUGGAAUACGCGCGCAACGCGGUACGUCUUGCGGCGCUGAUGCAGAUACCUAACAUUUUUGUUUAUACCCACGAUUCUGUGGCGGUUGGCGAAGAUGGCCCUACCCAUCAACCGGUGGAACAGCUAACAAGUUUGCGCACGACGCCAGGGUUGGAAACCUGGCGACCCUGCGAUACUGUCGAAUCGGCUAUAGCCUGGCAGCAGGCAAUUGCCAGCACAACAAACCCCAGUGCAUUGAUAUUUACCCGGCAGAACACUGUGGCGCAGCCGCGCAGUGAAGGGGCAUUCAACAAUAUCAAUAAAGGCGGCUAUGUUCUGCUUGACUGUGACAAGACCCCCGACGUUAUUCUGAUUGCCACUGGCUCAGAAGUUGAGCUGGCGGUAGAGGCGGCAGCAAGUCUCACGGCUGUCGGGCAUCAGGUGAGGGUAGUGUCUAUGCCGUGCGCAGAACGGUUUGUUGCUCAGGAUGCAGCCUAUCAGGCCUCUGUUUUGCCGGAUGUCGUGCGAGCGCGUGUUGCCGUUGAAGCGGCUCAUCCAGACUAUUGGUCCCGCUUUGUUGGCCUUGAUGGAGAGGUUGUGGGCAUCCGCCGAUAUGGUUUGUCCGCCCCGGGCGGACAGGCGAUGGCUGAAUUAGGCAUGACUUCAGCAAACGUAGUGGCCAGCGCAGAGCGAGAGAACCUGAUGGCUGACUUAGGGGUCAAUGUACUGCGGGAUACGGAUUUAGCUGGUAAACGCGUGUUGAUACGAGCCGACCUCAACGUGCCGGUUAAAAAUGGUGAAGUCACCAGUGAUGCGCGGAUUCAAGCGUCUGUGGCUACCAUUGAGUAUGCCCUUGAGCACAAUGCCGCUGUGGUCGUCAUGUCUCACCUGGGCAGACCCACCGAAGGCGUAUUUGAUGCGCAGGCCUCAUUAGCGCCAGUCGCCGUCCGCCUGGGGCAGAUUCUGCAACGUCCGGUGAACCUGUUGCCACAAAUAGAAGACUGCGCGCGGGUACAGCCGGGUGAAGUGGCGAUGCUGGAAAAUGUGCGGUUUCUGCCGGGUGAAAAGGCUGACGAUGAUGAACUGGCGCAAGCCCUGGCAGCCCAGUGUGAUGUGUUUGUCAUGGAUGCUUUUGGUACGGCGCAUCGGGCCCAGGCCUCGACUCACGGUAUUGCCAAAUUUGCGCCCUCUGUGUGCGCGGGCAUUCUGCUCGAAGCAGAACUUGAUGCGCUGGGUAAAGCUCUGGCGGCCCCCGCUCAUCCCAUGGUGGCCAUUGUCGGCGGUGCUAAAGUUUCUACCAAACUAGAGGUGCUCGGCGCCCUCGCGGAUAAAGCUGAUCAGAUCAUCGUUGGUGGUGGCAUCGCGAAUACGUUUAUUGCUGCGGCGGGCUACAACGUGGGUAAGUCUCUUUACGAAGCUGAUCUGCUGGACGCAGCCCGACAGAUUGCCGCAAAAGUUGAUGUGCCGAUUCCGGUGGACGUGAUGGUAGGCAAAGCGUUUGAUGCUGAUGAACCUGCGGUUCUGAAAGCCAUUGAUGAUGUUGCCGAUGACGACAUGAUCCUUGAUAUCGGGCCUGUAUCGGCUAGAGCCUGGGCAGAACUGCUGGUUAAGGCAAAAACGAUUCUGUGGAAUGGGCCGAUCGGUGUGUUUGAAUUUGAUCAGUUCGGCGAAGGCACGCGUGUUCUGGCGGAAGCCAUAGCCGCCAGCGAUGGGUUUUCAAUUGCUGGCGGUGGUGACACCCUGGCUGCGAUUGAUAAAUAUGACGUGACCGAAGGCAUUUCCUAUAUAUCCACUGGGGGUGGGGCGUUUCUGGAGUUUGUGGAAGGCAAAACGCUGCCUGCAGUGGCUAUGCUGCAGAUGCGGAUCACGAUGGCUUUAAUCAGCAUGCGGCAACUGCUGGACCAUGCAGCCGAAAACGAUUACGGGGUUCCCGCCUUUAACGUCAAUAAUCUUGAGCAGAUGCGCGCCAUCAUGGAAGGCGCUGAUGUCACCAACAGCCCGGUGAUUGUGCAGGCGUCAGCGGGUGCAAGAAAGUACGCGGGGCCUAAUUUUCUGCGCCACCUGAUUCUCGCCGCGAUAGAAGAGUUUCCUCAUAUUCCAGUGGUUAUGCAUCAGGAUCACGGUGCAUCGCCAGCCGUGUGUCAGCGCUCUAUUCAGCUGGGUUUCUCCUCGGUCAUGAUGGAUGGGUCUCUGCUGGCGGAUCAGAAAACCCCUGCCGAGUAUGACUACAAUGUCGACGUCACCAGACAGACCGUAGACAUGGCCCACGCCUGUGGUGUCUCGGUUGAAGGCGAAUUAGGCUGCCUCGGCUCAUUGGAAACCGGCGAAGCGGGUGAAGAAGACGGUGUUGGUUUUGAAGGGUCUUUAUCCAUGGACCAGCUGCUCACAGAUCCAGAGCAAGCGGCGGAUUUUGUCAAACAGACGGAUGUGGAUGCCUUAGCGAUUGCCAUUGGUACUUCCCACGGCGCCUACAAGUUCAGUCGUCCGCCUACCGGCGAUAUUCUGGCGAUUGAACGUAUCAAAGCCAUUCACGAUCGCAUUCCUGGCACCCAUCUGGUGAUGCAUGGCAGCAGCUCAGUACCGCAGGAUCUGCUGGCGAUCAUCAAUGAGUACGGGGGUGAAAUCCCGGAAACCUAUGGUGUGCCGUUGUCUGAAAUCCAGGAAGGCAUCAAACACGGUGUGCGUAAGGUGAACAUCGAUACCGAUCUGCGCCUUGCCAGCACUGCUGCCAUUCGCAAACACCUGGCUGUAAACAAAGCGGAAUUUGACCCACGUAAAUACCUGAAAGACUCCCAGGACGCCAUGAAGCAGCUGGUGAUCGAGCGUUAUGAGGCGUUCAAUACCGCGGGCCAGGCGAGCAAAAUUAAAGUUGUGUCGUUAGAAGACAUGUUCGCCCGUUACGCAUCGGGCGAGCUGAAACAGGCGCAUCUCGCUGCGCUUUCAGACAAGGGCGUGGCAGGUUCUGCGGUUACGCUUGAAUACCGGCAGUUUUAUGGUUUGCUCUUCCCGCACAUAAAUCAUCAGCAUCAGAUGAUGGUGUUCGAGGCGCUGCGGCAUCGCCUGGUGGUCCAGGUCUUUGAACCUACAGUGACUACGGGGCAUGUCAUGUUGUGCCAUGGUUAUUACGACCAUGUUGGACUGUUUGCCUCGGUCAUCGAGUAUCUGAUGCUCAAAGAGCUCACCGUGAUCACUUUUGACCAGAUUGGCCAUGGACUGUCGUCCGGAGAGCAGGUGGUCAUCGAUAGUUUUGAUACCUAUGUCGCUGCCCAGCGCGCAGUAACCGACUUCGCGCUGGCUAAACUGUCUCCCACGCCGCACGAACCGCUGCAUUGGAUUGCCCAAAGCAUGGGUGGCGCCAUUGUCAUGGAAUAUCUUCACCAUAAGCCGCAGAUACGUCUCGGCAAUAUCAUUCUGCUGGCGCCGCUGGUCAGGCCAUAUGCCUGGGGAUUUAACCGCUGGGUGUUUGCGCUGGCAAAGUUGACCAUCACAUCGCGUCCGCGGGUGCUGAGCGAUAACGCUGAAAAUCCGGAAUUUCAUGACCUGCAGGCGAUUGACCCGCUGCAGGCCCGUAUUCUGCCGGUAGCCUGGGUUGAGGCGAUGGUUAAAUGGUUCAAACGCUUUGAACACUAUCCGGAAUCUGACCUGGCGCCGGUGAUUGUGCAGGGUGAUCAGGAUCGUACUGUUGAUGCGGACCACAACCUGAAAGUGUUCAGCAGACGGUAUCCGCAGAGCCAUCAGUGGAUCAUCACCGGUGGGCGUCAUCACCUUGCAAAUGAGCCUAAUCGCUCAUCUGGAUCGACUGUGCUAAAUCAAUUUCUGUCUGCGAAACAAAUCAAAACCGACCCGGAGUCUUUAUCGAUCUGGGGUAAAGACUGGACCAACGGUUUUACCGUAGCCCCCAGCGCAGUGGUUUUUCCGGAAACCAACGAACAGGUGGUUGAGCUGGUGAACUACGCGCGAGCAAGCCAAACCGCACUGGUGCCUUCUGGCGGCAGAACAGGUUUGUCAGGCGGCGCGGUUGCAGCUAAUGGCGAAAUAGUUGUGUCGUUUGAUCGCAUGAACCAGAUUCUGGAAUUUGACCAGCAGGAGCAGCGUGUCACCUGCCAGGCGGGUGUGGUCACCGCGAGCCUGCAGGACUUUGCAAAAUCGCAUGACCUGUUUUACCCGGUGGACUUUGCCUCAGCAGGUUCCAGUCAGAUUGGCGGCAAUGUCGCUACCAAUGCGGGUGGUAUCAAAGUGAUACGUUAUGGCUUAACCAGAGACUGGGUGGCUGGUCUGCGCGUUGUUACCGGUACCGGUGAAUUGCUCAACUGCAACGCAGGGCUGGUGAAAAAUGCAACCGGGUACGAUCUGCGUCAUCUGCUUAUCGGCUCGGAAGGUACUCUGGGACUGAUCACCGAAGUAGAUGUGCGACUCGCGCGAGCGCCGUUGCCUCACAGUGUCAUGGUGCUGGGUGUGCCACGAGUCGGCGAUCUGUUGCAGGUGCUGCAUACCUUUAACGACCAUCUGACGUUGUCGGCAUUUGAAUUCUUUUCUGACCUUGCGUUGACUAAAGUGCGCGCGCAUCGCGAUCUGCCUGCGCCGCUGGCACAGUCGAUGCCGUUCUAUGCGCUGCUGGAGUUUGAUGCAGUAGACAUAGACGCAGCGUCCGCAGCCUUUGAACACACCAUGGCCCAGGGCUGGGUGAUCGACGGUGUGCUCAGUCAGUCGGAAGCGCAGGCCCAGGCGCUGUGGCAGCUCAGAGAAGGCAUCUCAGAAUCCAUUGCCCCUUAUACGCCCUAUAAAAACGACCUGUCAGUUUGUGUGUCCCAGGUGCCCGAGUUCCUGCAGGAUGUGGAUAAGUUUGUAGCGGACAGCUAUCCGGACUUCGAAGUCUGCUGGUACGGCCAUAUUGGCGACGGCAAUCUGCACCUGAAUAUUCUGCGCCCGGAACACCUGAGUGUUGCAGAGUUCAUGGCCAAAGGUCACGCCAUGAGUCCUAAGAUCUUCGAACUGGUACAACAGCGCAACGGCAGUAUUUCCGCGGAACAUGGCGUUGGUUUGUUGAAGCGGGAUUUUCUGAACUAUUCCCGCAGCCCGGGUGAGAUCACCCUAAUGCGGGGUUUGAAAUCGCUGUUUGACCCCGACCAGAUCCUCAAUCCGGGCAAGCUGCUGUAG